CAUUCGUUAACAGCAAUUCGUGCGAGUCGGACAGAGUUUUUGUAUUUUAAUUUUAUAAUUUUUUUUUCGGUGUAGCGCGCGUCGAAAUUUUUCGAAAAAACAAAUCAAAUUAAAUCAACAAAAACAAAAGCAAUAAUAAAUCGAAUUCUAAAUAUACACCUACAUACAUAUAAAAGGACAAUCCUUCUAGUUCCAAUUCCAGUUCCAGUUGCAUACCAGUUCCAGUUCCAGUUCCAGUGCUCCUGCUUCCUUUUUACAGUAUUUUGUUAUUUUUUUUUAAUUGAAAAGCAACAACAACAACAACAAACCAUGUCAGACGGCAUUGAAGUUGAACAAAUCGUGGAGAGCAAGCCCAGAAGGAUGCCGCUGGCGACAUCACUGGAUAAGGAUGCCAUCCGGGAGGCCUACGAGGAUGUUCGCUCUGAUCUCACAGACACCGAAUGGGCUGUCUUCAAGUUCGAUGGCCCGCAGAUAAUUGUCCAUGGCCGGGGUCAAUGCUUUGAGGAGUUCCGCGAGCAAUUCGGUGAUGCCGAACGCGCCUUCGGCUACAUCCGCAUACAAAUGGGCGAUGAAAUGUCCAAGCGCAAGAAAUUCAUAUUUCUGACAUGGAUUGGUCAGGAAGUCGGAGUCAUUCAGCGCGCAAAGAUGUCAACGGAUAAAUCGCUAAUUAAGGAUGUUCUCAAUAAUUUCGCUGUCGAACUUCAGGCGGGCGUCGAGGCUGAACUGGACAUUGAGCUCUUCCGUGGGGCCCUCAAUCGGGCUGGUGGAGCCAACUACGGCACUGGCAUUCGGGAUAACUGAGAUGGAGCUGGGAGCGUGUCCUGCUGCCGAUGCCGCUGACCUAACCUCUGCCCCUGUCUUUCUAAAUUUUUUUUAACCUAAUUUUAUGCAAAUUAAACAAAACAAAAGAAAUAUUAAAAUAUUUUACUGUACAUUUUUUUUAUUGUGUAAUAAAUAAUUGAAAGUAAGAAAAUUA